AUGAUCAUUUCAUUUUCAGUCAUAAGUAUAGUUUUAUUAUUAUUGUCAGGUAUUUCGUACAAUUUGCCAAAAUUUUGUGCAAAUGCAACAUGGAAUCAAUCAGCUGUGACUUUUGCCACUAGCGCUAUAGUCGGCAACCAUCCUUUUGGUAUUUUUGUGAAUACAAAUAAUGAUGUUUAUGUAGCUGAUCAGUCGAAUGGACGAAUUCAAGUAUGGCUCAAUGGAAGUAUCACACCAACAAAAACAAUAUCGGGUGGUUUAGCUUCUCCUUGUGGUAUAUUUUCUACAGAAAAUGGUGACAUUUAUAUUGAUAAUGCCGUUUCAAAUUAUCGAAUUGAUAAAUGGGGAUCAAAUUCGACAACUAGUGUUCCAGCAAUGUAUAUAUGUUCAGUUUGUCUUGGUGUUUUUGUGGAUAUAAAUAAUAUGUUAUAUUGUUCAAUGUAUAAUGAUCAUCAAGUUAUAUAUAAAUCAUUAGAUCAAUAUUUGAAUAUAUGGAGUACUGUUGUUGGUAAAAGUGGUACCGCUGGAUCAACAUCGACUACAUUGAAUAAACCUGUUGGAAUUUUUGUCGAUUUUUAUUUGAAUUUAUAUGUAGCCGAUUUUGGAAAUGAUCGAAUUCAGAAAUUUUCAUCAGGACAAUUGAAUGGAACAACAAUAUCAACAGGAGCCAUUAUACUCAAUGGUCCAUCUUCAGUAAUACUUGAUGCUGAUGGAUAUCUUUUUAUUGUUGAUCAACAGAAUCAUCGUCUUAUUGGUUCAGGAUCAUAUGGUUUUCGAUGUAUAGCAGCAUGUUCUGGUUCUUAUGGUUCAUCAUCUACACAAUUAUAUUUUCCACAAACUAUUAGUUUUGAUAGUUAUGGAAAUAUAUUUCUUACUGAUCAAACAAAUAGUAGAAUACAAAAAUUUCUUUUCAGAUCAAAUUCAUGUAAUUCAAGCAUAUCAACAACUACAACUAUUACAACGAUGAAUGAUGUUCAAUCUACUACUACAUCAACACCUACAUUUUAUUCGACUAGUAUUUCGUAUAAUCAACCAAAAUUCAGUCCAUAUGUUCAAUGGAAUAGUGUUGGAAUUACUUUUGCAAAUAGUACUUUAGUUGGUACAACACCUUUUGGAAUAUUUGUCGAUAGAAAUAAUGCUGUUUAUGUUCCUAAUCGUUCAAAUAAUCGUAUUUAUAUAUGGUCCGAAGGAAAUAGUAAACCAACAAAAAAUAUAACAUAUGCGAUAACUUCACCAUAUAGUAUCUUUGUUACAACUAAUGGUGAUAUUUAUAUUGAUAAUGGAGCUACAAAUAAUCGAGUUGAUAAAUGGAUAUCAAAUGGAACAAUAAUUAAUUCAAUAAUGAAUGUACAAGGUGCAUGUUACGAUAUUUUCACUGAUAUUAAUAAUAAUCUUUAUUGUUCAUUAAAUUCAGAAAAUCAAGUUGUAAUGAAAUCAUUAAAUACUAAUUCAAAUUUAUGGAUUGUUGCUGCAGGUAUUGAUUGUUCAGGAACAACUUUUAAUAGACUGAGUGGUCCUCGUGGAAUCUUUGUGGAUAUAGAUCUUGAUUUAUAUGUUGCUGACUGUAAUAAUGACCGAGUUCAAUUAUUUCAAUCAGGACAAGUAACAGCGACUACAGUAGCAGGAAGCACAGCUAGUGGAACACUUUCACUUGAUUGUCCUAGUGAUGUUGCACUUGAUGCUGAUGGAUAUCUGUUUAUUGUCGAUAGUAAUAAUCAUCGUAUUAUUGGUUCAGGACCGAAUGGUUUUCGAUGUAUAAUUGCAUGUAUAUCUAGUGGUGGUGCAGCAUCUACACAAUUAAAUAGUCCAUCAUUGUUUAGUUUUGAUACUUAUGGAAAUAUUUAUGUUACUGAUCAAAGCAAUAAUCGAGCGCAAAAAUUUACAUCAAUACCAAAUACAAUUUAUUCUACUACAUUGAAUCAACCAAAUUUUUGUCCAUCUACAACCUGGUAUACAGAUGCAAUUACGUUUGCUAAUAUUAGUACGGUUGGGACUAACGCCUAUGGUGUUUUUGUCAGCGUUGACAAUAGUGUUUAUGUUGCUAAUCAACAAACUAAUAAAGUGAUAGUAUGGUUCGAAGGAAGUAAUAAUCCAGAUAAAACUAUUUCUGGUAGUCUGAGUAAACCUUAUGAUCUUUUUGCUACUCCUCUGGGUGAUAUAUAUGUUGAUAAUGGCCUAAACAUUGGUCGAGUUGACCAAUUUUCGUUAAAUUCAAAUAUAAGUACUACUGUAAUGACGAUUCCUAAUCAAUGUGCUGGUAUGUUUGUUGAUAUUAGUAAUACUCUUUAUUGUUCAACAUCCAGUGAUCAUACCGUUGUUAAAAAAUGGUUAAAUGAUAGUGUACUUAUAUCAACUAUUGUUGUUGGCACAGGUUCAGCCGGAUCAACAGCAACUACACUUAAUAAACCGUUUGGAAUUUUUCUCGAUGCUCAAGUUAAUUUAUACGUUGCAGAUUCUAAUAAUGAUAGAAUACAAAUGUUUAUUCUUGGACAAUCUACUGGAAUAACUGUAGCAGGAGCUAGUGCAUCAGGAACUAUUACACUUAAUACUCCAAAUGCUAUCACAUUAGAUAAUAAUGGAUAUGUUUUUAUUGCCGAUACUAGUAAUCAUCGGAUAAUUGGGUCAGGACCCUACGGUUUUCGAUGUUUAUUUGGAUGUACAAAAAUAGCUGGUUCUGCAACAGAUCAACUGAGUUCUCCAACCACUUUAAGAUUUGAUACUUAUGGAAAUCUAUAUGUUGCUGAUAGAGGCAAUAGUCGAAUUCAAAAGUUUAUAUUAGCAUCAAGCUCAUGUAGUAUCUCUUAUAAUCAACCAAUAUUUUGUCCAAAUGCGACUUGGUCUUCAAGUGCUACGACAUUUGCUACAAGUAGUACAGUUGGUACAUUACCUUAUGGUAUUUUUAUUGAUGGAAUCAAUACUGUGUAUGUACCUAAACGAGCUAGUAAUACAAUAUUAUCAUGGCCUCAAUGGAGUACGACAGCAACAAGUAAAAACUAUAGUAAUUUGAGUAAUCCAUAUAGUCUUGUUGUAUCUAUAACUGGUGAUGUUUAUAUUGAUAAUGGUUAUCUAUAUGGUCGAGUAGAUAAAUAUGUAUUGAAUACAUUAAAUCGCGUUACUGUUAUGAAUGUUAAUGGAAGUUGUUAUGGUUUAUUCAUUGAUAUAAAUCAAAAUCUAUAUUGUUCUCUUAAGAAUCAACAUCAAAUUAUGAAACUUUUACUUAAUAAUGGUACAACUAUUCCAACAAUUGCAGCGGGAAAUGGUACUGCUGGAUCAUUAUCAAAUAUGCUUAAUUCACCUCAAGGCAUUUAUAUCGAUACUAAUUUAAAUUUAUACAUAGCCGAUGCUGGCAACAAUCGCAUACAAAUGGUUGGAACUGGUCAAUUAGAUGGAAUAACACUUAUUGGAAAUGGAUCAUCAGUUAAUUUUACUCUUAAUUAUCCAACUGGUGUUGUACUUGAUUCAAAUGGUUAUUUAUUUAUUGUUGAUAGUUAUAAUCAUCGGAUUGUUGCUUCUAGUCUUUAUGGUUUUCGAUGUAUAAUCGGAUGUUCAGGUACUGGUGGCUCAGCUGCAAAUCAAUUAUAUUAUCCACAAAUCGAGUACAACAAUUCACCCUACAAGGCAACAAUUGUCCUAUGCCAACCACUACAACCAGCACUUCAACUACUUCUACUUCAACUAGCUCUUCGUCAACAAGUUCUACUUCAACUAGCUCUACUUCAACUAGUUCUACAUCAACUAGUUCUACUUCAACUAGUUCUACUUCAACUAGUUCUUCGUCAACUAGCUCUUCGUCAACAAGUUCUACUUCAACUAGCUCUACUUCAACUAGUUCUACUUCAACUAGUUCUACUUCAACUAGUUCUACUUCAACUAGUUCUACUUCAACUAGUUCUUUAUCAACAAGUUCUUCGUCAACAAGUUCUACUUCAACUAGUUCUACUUCAACUAGUUCUACAUCAACUAGUUCUACUUCAACUAGUUCUACUUCAACUAGUUCUACGUCAACUAGCUCUUCGUCAACAAGUUCUACUUCAACUAGCUCUACUUCAACUAGUUCUACUUCAACUAGUUCUACUUCAACUAGUUCUUUAUCAACAAGUUCUUCGUCAACAAGUUCUACUUCAACUAGUUCUACUUCAACUAGUUCUACUUCAACUAGUUCUUUAUCAACAAGUUCUUCGUCAACAAGUUCUACUUCAACUAGUUCUACUUCAACUAGUUCUUCAUACGAGUACAACAAGAGAUAGCAGUAGUACUUCAAGUAGUAUAGCAACUGUUUCGGUUACAACUACUUUAAUAACUACUACUACUACUGACAAUACAACACAAACGCAAGGAACUUGUUAUUCUCCAACAAUAACAUUAAUUCCUGGUGGAUCAACAUUAUCAUCACCAAUAUCAUAUCGACGUAGUCAAGAUUUUUCUAUUAGUUCAAUGAUUGAAUUCAACUGUGCUGGUUCUCUUUCAAAAAAAAUUCAAUGGACAAUUAAAAAUUGUACUUCUACUAGUUGUUUAUAUGAAAUUUUAUUAAAUAGUAAAAUCAAAACAACAUAUAGUGAACUUUAUAUUCCCUCUCGAAUACUUGAUUAUGGUGUAUAUGAAUUAACAUUAACUGUAACAAUGAUUAAUUCACCUAAAUUGAAAUCAUCAUCUUCAGUUUAUGUCAGAAUAACUCGAACAGGUAUAACAGCAAAUCCAGUUCAAUUAGGAACAUCAAUGAUCACACGAGGUGAUAAACAAGAUCUUUUUCUUGAUCCUGGUUCAUUUUCCGUUGAUCCUGAUCAAGAUUAUUUUGAUGCAACUAAAUGGAAAUAUAAAUAUUAUUGUCGAAUUUAUAAUCAAUAUAAUUUUCCAAAUAUUCAAGGAAUAUUAUUAACAAUUGAUGAUUUAAGAAAUGAUCCCAAUAAUCCAUCAUGUCUAUCAAAUCGUACAGGAUUAAUCUUUGGAAAUUCCACAUUAUCACCAAAUUCAUCAUUAACAAUUCUAUCUGGUUCACUUCAAUCCAAUUCAAUCUAUCAAUUUAUGGUUUAUAUGGAAAAUCGUAAAAACUCUACAAUUCAAGCGACAGGUUAUGUUCUUGUUACCAUUGAAAUAACCCGUCCACAAUUAAUUGCUGUUGGUUGUGUUAUUUCAACAAUGUGUAUUCCAAAUCUAGAAUUACAACUUUUGAAUCCUACAACACAAGUUGCUUUAUAUACAAUUUGUAUUGGAAUUUGUAUAAAUCUUCAAACAAUUCAUUGGAAUAUUUACCGAGGAAUUGAUAAUUCGACAUAUACAAAUUCAACACAAUGGAUUUUAUUUAAUCAAAUUAAUUCUUAUGAAAAUAUUUGGUUUUUUGGUAAAAAUACCAGUAAUUUUACAGCAUUAAAUCAAUUAUUUCUUAAUAAUCCACAAGUAAAUCUUUGGAGAUUUGAAGUUGUUUACACAUUUCAAUCUGAAACAAGUACAAGUGCAUUAAAUUUCAUAAUCAAUCAACCACCUACAAAUGGUUCAUGUUCAAUUCAUCCUCUCAUUGGUACUAUCAUUACUUUAUUUACUAUACAAUGUUCAGAUUGGAUUGAUACAGAUAGUAUUAAAGAUUAUUCUUUAUAUUAUUGGUCAAAAGAUCAGCUAGAGAAAACAAUGAUUGCAUUUUCAGUGGAAGAAGACUUUCAAGUUCGAUUACCAGCUGAUGAUGAUAAUCAAACAUCGAUGAUUAAUCUUAUUAUCUAUAUUCGAGAUCUUUAUAAUGCUAUUACAGAAGUUAAUAUAUCUUCUGUUUAUAUUACAAAUGAUCCAAUAUUAAUUAAUGAUUUAUUUAAUAAAAUAGAAAAUUCAUCCGAUACAAUAACAAAUAAUCCAAUUGUUCGUAUACUUUCAAGUGGAAAUCAAAUAUUUGUUUCACAAAUGAUUAUAUCACUUGCUCAGUUAUUAAAUGAAAUAAAUGAAGAAAACAUAAAUAAAUCUAUAACAAAUGGAAUCUCACCUACUGAUAUCACAGUAUCAUUAUUCAAUAAUCAAAAAUUUCAACAAGUACUUCAAUCAUUGAAUGAAUCAACAAUGAUUGAAUAUAAGAAAACUUUAAAUCUUCAAGCAAAUAUUCGAGAAUAUUUAGUUACAUUUCUAUCUGAUCUUCUUAUAACAACAUCAAAUAGUAUUAUAUUACAGUCAACAUCAUUAGUUCAAUUAACUCAAUCAACAAAUCAAUUAACACGAUCACUUCUAACAAUUGUAUCAAAUCGAUGUUAUGAACUAUCAUUAGAUUUAUAUUCAAUAUCAAAUAAAAUUUCCUAUGAAGAUGUUCAUUUAGCAGCUGAUCAACUUUUUCAAUGUGUAUCAAAUCUUUUAACAAGUGUCAAUGGACCAAUACAAGAACGAAUGAUUAUACUUGAUUUAGAUUAUUCACGUGCAAAUUCAAUUCCGGCUGAUUAUGAUACUGAUUUAGAAUCUGAAUGGUCAAAUUUAAAUUUAUUUUCUAAUGGAAAUGAUUUUUCUCAAGAAACAAUUGAAAAAAAUCGAAAUCUUUAUUAUCAAAAACAAUUAUUAAAUCAAAUAACAAAUCAAGUUACACAAAUCCAAUCAUUAUUGACAUCAUCAUUAAAUAUUCAUUUAAAUAUUGGUCAAAAUCUCUCAAUAAAUACAUCACAAUCAUUUGUAUUCUUAGAAACAAUAUCAAUUGAAUCAUUAAAUAAUAAAAUUAUCAAACAAAUUGAAAAUUCUCAAUUUAAUCUUCCAAGUAGUUUGACAUUUAAUUCAACAUCAGUAUUACUUCGACAAAAAGUUGAUCCACUUGCUUCGUAUGGAAAUUUUCAAAAUACAAAUCUUUCGAGAUCAAUAUCACUUUCAUUUAUUGAUAAAAAUGGAAAGGAAAUUUCAUUUAAAACUAAUGAAAAUAAUUUAAUACAAAUACGAAUUCCACGUGAUCCAAAUCUAUUAAUUCCACCAAUGUAUCUUCAAGAUGUUUUAUUAAAUGGAAGUUCUUUAUUUAAUUAUCAAUAUAUAAACAUAACAUCAUCACUUCCAAUAUCAAUUCAUUUAGACAUUCAUCCAUUAAAUAUCAAUCUUUCCUAUUUAUUUAUUUAUAAAUUUGACGAAAAUCCACAAUUAAAUAAUUCAAUUUAUCAAAUUGAUGGAUGGACAAUCUUCUGUUCCAAUAAACAUUUAACAAAUGAUUAUCUUUAUCAAUAUUUUCUUGAUAAUCAACAAACAUUAAAUCAUCAAUCAUUAAUUUAUGGGAUACGAGAAUUAAAUUCAACAGAAUUUAAUAUUUAUUGUUUAAAUAAUUCUUCUUCAAUACCAAUUAUAGAAGAAAAAGUUAAUUUUACUUCAAAUUAUGAAAUUCGAAUAUAUACAUCAGGUUGUUAUUAUCUUGAUGAAAAUAAUCAAUGGAAUUCAAAUGGAUUAAUAGUUGGAUCAAAUACAAAUCAUUAUGAAACAGAAUGUUAUUCAAAACAUUUAACAACAUUUGCUGGUGGUUUUAUUGUUUUACCUGAACCAAUUAAUUGGAAUUAUAUUUUUGCAAAUGCUGAUUUUGUAAAAAAUAAAACAAUUUAUAUAACAAUUAUUUGUACAAUAAUAAUUUAUAUUAUUUUAUUAAUUUAUGCACGUUUUAAAGAUAAAAUAGAUUUGGAAAAAUUAGGAGUAAUACCAUUAGCAGAUAAUAAUAAAUUCGAUAAGUAUUUUUAUCAAAUUAUCGUCUUUACUGGUCAAAGAACAAAUGCUGGAACGAAUUCCAAUGUUCAUUUUAUUCUUGCUGGUGAUGACGAUCAAACAAACAUUCGAACAUUUUCAAGUUCACAACGAAAAAUCUUUCAACGUGGUGGAAUUGAUGCUUUUGUUAUGUCUGUUCCAAAAUCAUUAGGAUUAUUGAAUUAUAUUCGUAUUUGGCAUGAUAAUUCAGGUUAUGGGCCAUUAGCAUCAUGGUAUUUAAAGUAUAUCAUUAUACAAGAUUUACAAACAUUAGAGAAAUUUUAUUUUAUUUCUCAACAAUGUGAUCAUUUAUGGUUUUCAAUCUUUUCUCGUCCACCAUCAAAUAAAUUUACACGUGUACAACGAUGCACAUCUUGUUUUGUUUUAUUUUUUACUGCAAUGUUAAUGAAUAUCAUGUAUUAUGAUUUAUCAAAACAAGCUCAAAACACAAAUCAAAGUUUUCUUCUAACAAUGGGUCCUUUAUAUAUAACACCACAACAAAUCGGAAUUGGAAUCAUGAUGGAAUUUUUUACAUUUAUUCCAAGUAUUUUAAUUGUUCAAUUUUUUCGACGAAUUCGUCCUCGUCAACAAAUUUCUCCAUUACAACAAACUUUAAUGAAAAUUAAACGAUCUUUACCGAGUAAUAUGGUUUCUACAGAAAAGAAAAAACGAUCCCAACUAACAUUUCCAUGGUGGUGUUUAUUCAUUGCGUAUGGUCUUUCAAUAAUUAUUAUUCUUGUCUCAAUUCUUUUUAUCAUUGUGCGAGGAAUUGAAUUUGGUGAUAUUAAAACUCAACAAUGGUUAACUUCUGUUCUUACUGGAUUUUUUUCAUCAAUUCUUCUUACACAACCAAUUAAAAUUAUAUGUAUGGCAAUAUUUCUUGCACUUUUUUGUCGAAAUUCUACCAAUGAUAAAGAAGCAAGUGAAUAUAUCAAUGAUGAUGAUCGAAUUGAUCUUCAAGAUGAUCUUCAUUCUUCGGACAUUUCUCUAUUCAAUUCUCCAACAUCAAAACAUAUAAAUCGUCUGAAUGAAAAUGAAGUUGCUUAUGCACGUGAACAGCGUCUAAAAGAAAUUCAAAUGUGGUCAAUAAUUCAUGAAUUUAUGAUUUAUUUUCUAUUUGCAUUACUUGUUUUCAUUGUAACAUAUUAUAAUCGUGAAGAAAAUAGUUAUUUUCAAGUUAAACAUUUACAGACAUAUUUGUUAAAUCGAAGACAAUCAAAUGCUGAUUAUUCACAAAUUCGAACAGUUGAUCAAUAUUGGUAUUGGUUAGAAAAUAGUUUUAUUGAAAAUCUUCGUACACAACAAUGGUAUAAUGGAAAUAUUCCACAAUAUUUAAAUGGAUUUCUCAAUGAUAAAUCAAACCGGUUGAUUGGUUGGGCAACAAUGAGACAAUUACGUGUGAAAUCAGAAUUAUGUGAUAAUCAACGAAUUAUUUCAUUAUGUGAAGAGAAUUAUAAUUUAUUUAAUGAAGAUAAACAUUCAUUUCAACCAGGAUGGAUAAUAAAUAGAACAGGAGUUUAUGGUUCAUCAAUCAUUAAAGCAUUUCAAUAUGAAACAAGUGAUACAUUAGAUACAUCAAAAUAUAUAGGUGAAUAUGCAACUUAUAGUGGUGGUGGGUAUGUUUAUGAAUUUCGUGGUAGUUUAAUAAAUUUAAAAACAAAUAUAUCAUUACUUCAUCAGUUGGAAUGGAUUGAUCAACAUACGAGAGCUAUUCUUAUCGAAUUAACAUUAUAUAAUUCAAAUGUACAAUUAUUAACAUCAGUUACUUUACUUACAGAAUUUUUAUCAACAGGUGGAGUUUUUCCAUCGUCUCGUUUUGAACCAAUUAAUUUCUAUACAUUUACAUCCAUCACGCAGUUAAUUUGUACAAUAUUUUAUAUGUUAUUCAUCAUUUAUUUUACAAUCAUUGAAAUUCGAUUAUUUUUAGAAUUACGAUUAAAAUAUUUUCAUCGAUUUUGGUCAAUGAUUCUCUUAGGAAUCAUAAUUUGUUCAUAUACAAGUGUUGGUAUUUAUAUAUGGCGUUAUCAUGAAACAAAUCGUAUAAGUCAAUUAUUUUCCGAAACAAAUGGAUAUGUUUAUAUAAAUUUACAACAUAUAAUUUAUAUAAAUAAUAUUUUAACAUAUCUUCUUGGUUAUUGUUGUUUUUUUGGUUUAAUUAAGUUUGUUAAUUUUUUUCGAUAUGAUCAACGUGUUUCAUUAUUUACUCAAACACUUCAUUAUUGUCGAAAAGAACUUCUUUCAUUUGGAUUUAUGUUUUCAAUUCUAUUUUUAUCAUUUAUUUUCUUAUUUUAUUUCUUAUUCGUAUCAAAAAUAUCAUCAUGUUCAAAUCUAAUGGCAAGUGCACAAAUGUUAUUCGAAAUGACAUUAAUGAAAUUCGAUGCACAUGAAUUAAUUGAAGCUGAUCCUAUGCUUGGACCAAUUUGUUUUGCUAUAUUUAUUCUUUUAAUUGUUUUUGUUUGUUUAAGUAUGUUUAUUUCAAUUAUAAAUGAUAGCUUUCAUCAUGCCAAAGACAAAAAUGCUGACAAUCAUGUAAUAUGGUCAUUUAUGAUGAAAAGAUUUUUACUUUGGACAGGGUUAAAAAAAUUAACUCGAUCAGAACUUCAAGAAGAAAUCGAUGCACAAAUGCGUACGCAAUAUUAUGAUCUAAUUGAAAAUUUUCCAGAUAAAAUUGAUCAAUUAUUAAUCGCAAUUGAUAAGAUUUAUAUCAAUCAAAUUGAUGAAUCAACACGAUUACGAAAAGCAGGAGUAUAA